GCCCCGGGCCGGGCCCGCCCCGCCGGGAGCUGCUGGAGGCGGGGCAGGAGCCCCCGUGUCCCGCAGUUAAAAUAGGGGGAGGACGCAGCCCGCUCCCAGCCCAGGUGGCCGCCGCACGUCGAGCCGAGCCACGCUGCCUGCGAGUCUUCUCCACGGAGUUUGAAGAGCCUGGGACAUCUUUACCUGUUGCCCACCGCUCCCCUGUGGCAUCUCACGUUCAGCUUUCAGCUUAAGUGAAAUCUGCAAACAUUCUCUGCUGCAAGAAAACAGGGGUGAUGUCAUCAGAAGAUGAUGCUGGCGGGGAGGCUCCCGAGGGCAGUUUCUGGGAGGCUGGGAACUACAGGCGGACGGUGAAGCGUGUGGAUGACGGCUACCGGCUCUGCAAUGACUUAAUCUCCUGCUUCCAGGAGCGAGCCAAGAUAGAGAAGAACUAUGCCCAGCAGCUAACAGAGUGGUCCCGUAAAUGGAGGACCAAUGUGGAGAAAGGUCCCCAGUAUGGCACACUGGAGAAGGCCUGGCAUGCCUUCCUGACAGCUGCUGACAAACUGAGUGAAAUUCACUUGGCUGUCCGGAACCACCUGGCUGGCGAGGACUCGGACAAGAUCAAGGCCUGGCAGAAGGAGGCCUACCACAAGCAGAUGAUUGGAGGCUUCAAGGAGACAAAGGAGGCAGAGGAUGGGUUCUGCAAGGCCCAGAAGCCCUGGGUGAAGAAGAUGAAAGACGUGGAGACUUCCAAGAAAAACUACCACGCAGCCCGGAAGGAGGAGAAGACAGCUCACACAAGGGAGAACCACGCCAAGGCCGACUCGUCUGUGUCGCAGGAGCAGCUGCGCAAGCUGCACGAGCGGGUAGAGAAGUGCACUCAGGAGGCUGAGAAGUGCAAGGAUCAGUACGAGAAGAUGCUGGAGGAGCUGAACCGCUACAACCCGCGCUACAUGGAGGACAUGGAGCAGGUGUUUGAGGGCUGUCAGGAAGCAGAGCGCAAGCGACUGGGCUUCUUUAAGGACAUGUUCCUCAAUCUGCAUCAGCAUCUCAACCUCUCCACCAGUGAAAGCUUUCAUGCAUUGUACCGAGAUCUCUACCAAGUCAUCGUGGCUGCAGACAACCAGGAGGACCUGAAGUGGUGGCGCAACACUCACGGGCCCGGCAUGGCCAUGAACUGGCCUCAGUUUGAGGAAUGGUCCCUUGAAACACAGAGGCCAAUCACCAAGAAGGAGAAGAGUGGCAAGAUGGCUGAUGAUGUCACGCUGACCAGCAUCUUGCCUGCACGGGAUGGUGUUGUCUCACAGACCCCUCUGCAGACAAGGCAAAGGUUUUCCUACCAAGAGGAGCAGAACAGCCUCUUCUCGGACAGCCUGAGGGCACUUGCCCAUGUGAACAGAGGGAAGGAAGACAUUUCGGAGUGGUCAGAUGAGGACACUCCCAAGAAGUGCCUGGAUGCCAACGGGCAUGAGGAGGACAUACAGGUACCAGGUGUGCGGGUACGAGCUCUCUAUGAUUACACGGGACAGGAGGCUGAUGAGCUGAGCUUUAAAGCAGGUGAAGAACUAAUGAAGAUCAGUGAGGAAGAUGAGCAGGGCUGGUGCAAGGGCCGACUUCUCAAUGGCCAAGUUGGACUCUAUCCUGCUAACUAUGUUGAGAAGGUUGGAUCCUGAUUGCUGCUGCCCUGCCAGUGUCUCACAGCCAUACCAGCAUCUCCUGCAGAGGUCACUUGGGUCACCACUGGCCCCAGCCCACCUUUGCAGCAUAUCCAGCAACUUCUGGACUUUGAGGGCACGUAUUCCACGUAACUGAUGCUUCAUUUUAAAUGCCUAGACCUGUAGGGAUUUUCUAAUGAAUAAACAAGGAUGAUUAAGGCCA